AUGAAUAUCCAGUGUUACUUGGGUUGUUGUGCACACAAUUUAAACCUGGUUAUUUCAGAUGCUGCUAAAAGUUCAAAACAAGUUACAUCUUUUUUUGAAACUGUGCAAAGCAUAUUUAAUUUUUUUAGUUCAAGUGCUCCACGAUGGUCAAUUUUAGCUUUUGGCGAAGCUGAUGCCAAAAAAAUAAAAGCUAAAGUUCUGAAAAAGUUAUGUGUGACAAGAUGGGAAGCACGACAUGAAUCGAUUUAUUCAUUAAAAGUCAGAUUUAUUGAUGUACUGAAAGCUUUAACAAAUAUAUCCUUAACAAGUUCUAAAACCGACGAAAAAAGUAUGAGUUUAUCUUUGAAAAAAAAAUUAGAAUCUGUAGAAUUUAUUUUCCUUCUUUGUUUAUGGGAAGAAAUUUUAAAACCCUUACACGGAGUGUCUAAGUCUCUUCAAAAAAAAGAUACAAAUUUACAUAAUGCAUGUGAAAACUUGAAACAAGCUACAUCUACAAUUAAAGAAUUGAGAAAUAAUUAUCAUACUUUAAUGGAAACAGCCAAAUGUAUGUGUACAAAAUGGGGGAUUCCUCAGGAAUUUCAUGUACAUAGAUUAAAGUUUGGAAGAAGAUAUUUUGAUGAAGUAGAUGGCGACCGUCGAUUAGAUAUUUCAGAAGAUAAUUUAAGAAUCAAGGUUUUUCUUCCAGUCAUUGAUACAGUAAUUUUUCAAUUAGAUAAUCGAUUCCAGGGUUUAAAAAAGGUAAUUGAAUAUUUUGAUUUCUAA